UAGUGCUGGCUGUAGAGAAGCGUAUCACUUCCCCAUUGAUGGUCUCCACCAGUGUAGAGAAGAUCGUGGAGGUGGACAGUCAUAUCGGCUGUGCUGUCAGCGGGCUGGUCGCAGACUCCCGUACCAUGAUCGACAAGGCUCGUGUGGAGGCACAGAAUUACUGGUUCACCUACAACGAGCAGAUGUCGGUGGAGAGUGUCUGCCAGGCAGUCGCAAAUCUCGCCAUCCAGUUCGGCGAGGAGGACCCGGAUCCCGGCGCGAUGAGCCGGCCGUUCGGCGUGGCGCUGCUGGUUGCCGGGAUCGACGAGAAGGGGCCGCAACUCUUCCACAUGGACCCCUCAGAUACUUUGUUUCAUCUGCAGUGCCUGUUCGUGAUAGCGGAUGGCCUUUCUGCAAUCACCAAGCUCCUUCAGUGGUUGGAGGCACAGCUGAGUGAGGAGGAGCCGCACUCUGUCAUUAAGGACAACAUCAACUGUCUGAAGAGGGACCAUGUACUGCAGCAGAUUAGGAGCCUGGUGCAAGACAACCCUGAGGUGGCCAUGGAUUCCAUCGUCCACAUGACCCAGCACAUGAGCCCCUCCCAGCGCAACGAGGUCGCUCGGAUUCUGGCAACCAUGGACACAUCGUCCUAG